AGUGUGUGGGUUGUGUGUUGUCAUGUGAACUGUGCCGAUUUGAAUUCGACUCAAUUAUGCGCUUGUGUGUUGCGAUAUUGAUCGCUCUUGUAUGGAGAUGUUUAGCUAGAGAUUUAGAAAUUAGACGAAGUAAGUGUGAAAGGAUAACCAUACCGAUGUGUCAAGAUAUGCCAUAUAAUUUAACGAGGAUGCCUAAUGUGAUGGGACACACGGAUCAAGCCGAAGCUGCUAUACAAGUGCACGAAUUUUUACCUUUAGUAGAAAUUGGAUGUUCGAAACAUUUAAAAUUUUUCUUGUGUUCUCUAUACGCACCGAUGUGUACCGAACAAGUGGACUUUCCGAUUCCUUCGUGUCAAAGUAUAUGCGAAGAGGUAAAAGCGCGUUGUUUACCCGUAUUAUUACAGUUUAAUUUUAAUUGGCCAACCAUGUUGAACUGUAGUAGAUUACCUAUACCGGAAAAGAAUGCGCUUUGUAUGGAGUUUCCGAACAUAACCGACGAACGACAUAAAACGAGACCGCAACCUAUCGUCCCUGAUAAGGAUGCUGCUAAAAAAAUAAAUAGUCUACCGCUCUAUCCUCAAAGACGUCCUGAUAAAUAUCGACCUGUAGCUAGACCCGGUACACCUACUGUUCUACCUGGUGUACCUUCCAUAGUAUGUCCCGACGGCUAUGUUCUUUUGACAGGAAAAUCUAAUGGUUGUCGACAGAUGUGCGGUCGUGACGUAUACUUCACUCGAGCUGAUAAAAACUUUGUGGAAAUUUGGAUGGGAAUAUGGGCUGCUGUUUGUUUUAUGUCGACUCUUUUUACAAUAUGUACCUUCUGGAUUGACACUUCGAGGUUCAGAUACCCGGAAAGACCGAUUAUUUUUCUUAGUAUGUGUCUUUUCGUUACGAGUGUAGCUUAUUUAUUACGAAUAUUCGCGGGUGCUGAUUUUGUAUCGUGUGACCACACGGACGGUUCCCGUAGUCACCUCAUUACCAAUGGAUUAGAUAGUACCGGAUGUAUUGUAGUGUUUCUCUUGUUAUACUUUUUUGGUAUGGCUUCGGCUCUGUGGUGGGUAAUUUUAACUCUUACCUGGUACUUAGCUUCCGGUAAGAAAUGGGGACACGAAGCAAUCGAAUCUCGCUCCAGUUACUUCCACGUUAUAGCUUGGACUGUUCCAGCGAUUCUUACAAUAGUGGUAUUGACCUUAAGACACGUGGACGGUGAUGAAUUAACUGGAUUAUGUUACGUUGGAAAUCAAGAUCGUGACGCCCUUCUAGGAUUUGUCAUUGUACCUUUAUGCGUAUUUUUUUGCCUCGGUGCUGUGUUUAUUGUGUUAGGUUUCGUAUCUUUAGUUCGUAUAAGGAAUGCAAUGAUCACAGGUGGACGAAAUAUCGAUAAACUACAAAGAUUAAUGAUACGUAUUGGGGUGUUUUCAGUUUUAUACAGCGUACCAGCCGUUUGCGUUAUAGGUUGUCACUGGUACGAAUAUACUAACCGACCUACAUGGGAAGCUGUUGCCAUGGUUACUGCUCUAGAGUGCCAGUUAAGAGGGGACAAUGGUUGUACCCUGAGGAACAGUAUUCCACGUCAAGAAGUAUAUAUCGUUAAGGUGUUUAUGUCACUACUUUUGGGAAUAACGACUGGCGUAUGGAUCUGGAGUAGUAAAACUUGGAAUUCCUGGGGUAAGUUUUGUAAUCUUCGACUUUCCAGGAAGCCAAGAAGAGAUUUUAAACAAACGAGAACGUUAUAUCACGCGCCAGGUUCUUCAACUAAAACCACUUCGUAUCGGAAAUCCAUAAGUCAAGUGACUCGUGUAUAAUUAUUUGAAAUUUUAUAAAUACUGUAUAAAGUUAUUUAUAUAAAAUUUUAUAUAAUAACAUUCCAAAAUAGACUUAAAUAUACAACAAUUGUUUUAUUGUAAAUACGUUUUGUCGCUUGUAAAAUAACUGCAUUUUUAUAUUAAUAUUAUUAUUGAACCGAUGUUUGUAUGAUUCAAUGUAGAUGAAUAAUUCGUGUUCUAGGCUGAUAUUAAUGUAUAGAAUAAGCAAUCCAUGUUCAUGCAUGCGUGGACUUGAAUAUAGAUAAUCGAGGUGAAGUAUAUUCUCAUCGUGAAUGAGACUAAAGUUAUCACGAAAGCACUUGAACUUCUGAUAAAGUCAUUGAUAUAGCUACAAACAUAAGAUUUUCAUGUAAAUUAUGUAAUUUUACAUUGUAUUUAAUAAAGAAUCCAAUGCUAUUCAACUGUAA